AUAACCACAUUUCCUGUCCUUGGUGGAGCUGGUUAGGAGAGCAGCGCUUUUUUUCAUGUGGAAGCAAAAAUGUUUAGCAGACUAUGCUCUCUGUUUCCAUUACCUUUUGAUGCUUAAGCCGCUCACAAUGGCGCAAGACAGAUAUAAUGGCUUUGGGGAAGCAAGAAAUCUUGUCUCUGGUUUUAUUUACUUAGCAUGUAGAUUCAUGGAGAUGCCUUCUCAUUCACCACCAUACCCAUAGGUAUGUUGACUAUCCUAAUUUGGAAAAUAAAAAAAAAAAUCCCUGAAGAAAAGGCCCUUAAAUUCUGGGAGCUCCUGGGAGUCAUUUUUAUUGCAGUAAUUGGUAACUGGUCCCCAUAAGCUGAGUGUUAGAAAAUAGCAGACUCGUGCAAAGCUCAGAGCUUGCUUAAGGAAAACAGCUCUGUAGGAAAGGGAGCUCCACGUUCCCAGGAUCUAGGAGGUGAGGCAUGGCAGGGAGUAGGUGUCCUGGUCAGGUUUGGGGAGGGCAGGUGCAAAUGACCAGAGCACAGGGGGAAUUCACUCACUCCUACUCUGAGGAGGUUUGGACCUGUCUCUUCAUUGAGUCAGUCCAUCCCAGGGCUAAAAGCUUGCACAGCCAAAUGACAACCUCCAGUGGGACUCACCUGACGAACCUGGACUGUGCAGUGCACCUCACCCUGAACCAGACUUCUCAAAUAAGUUGGGCAAAUUAUUCUCUUUGUUUUUCUGCACUGAUUGUAAAGGAAGACCUGAGUGACUGUCUCUGAUAUAGCUAUGUAUGGCCCUGAGCCUCCUCGGUCAUUAGUCACUCCCUGCAGGCAGGGCCGUUCCCCACCUCUGAGUGCCUUUGGGGAUAAAUCUUGCCUCUGUUCCUCCUGCUCACACCAUCCUCAGGCACAGUCUUCAGCUGGAGCUUGAAGCAGGCAGGAGAAGAGCUGAUGCAUCAGAGGUGUCUCACGGCAAGGGCAGGCUCUCCUGCCCACGCUGAGCCCACCUGAAGCCGAAUCAGCACUGCACCUUUCCCACCACUGGUGAAAAUGGAAGAGACUGGUUUGUGUACCAGUCCUAACCCAGGCAGUAGGGUUAGGUACAGCUCAGAAGAUCCACCUCCCUCUCAUCUGAACAGGCAUGGUCCAAUUUUAGCCUUUGGAGCCAUGGCAACCAGUCGUGCCGCUCAGGAAAACAGAAGUGAUUCAUUUCCAGGUUUCACUUCUCUCGUUGCUUAAAUUUAAUUUCAGAUGAAGCACUUGACCGAUGCAAUGUGAGAUAGUGCCAUCUGAGAUCCCAGGUCACAGCAGUCUCUCGAGGUGGGUUAGAGGGACCAUGCUGUCACAUGGGUGGUAGGACUUGGGGAAGGGAGAGCUUCUAUGGCUUUUUCCUAUCUGCAGAUACUUACUGUGAUGUAGAAGGUGGGGGCUGCCCUGUAUUAGAAAGAGGCCUGUUUUGGGCAUGUGCCUGUUUGCUAUGUGUUUAUUUGGGUUUUCGCUGCAUUGCUGGUGGACCGGAGCCCAUGGGGCUCAACUUCUUAUGAAUGGCAGAUCCUAAGAUGACAGCACUGUGUGAGGUUGUGAAGUUGCCCCAAAGCUGUGUGUUUAGUGUGGGUGCUUCAAAGUGUCAGGAGGUGCCCUUAUGACUGGGACUCAUGCAGAGAAAGGUCCUGGCUUCUAGACAAGCUUUUUUUGAUUUCUCUGUCCAAGAAAUUAAUGUUUUCUUGAUAGAUUUCCACUGCAUUAUAGUUGAUGAAUCAUUUCAUCAACUCACACUUCUUUCUAAUAUUAAUAUCCAGACUCCAGAAUUAGCCCAAUUUUUUAAUUCAGUUUCUAUAAAAGUACCUUGACCCUCUCCUGCUAAAACCUGCUAUCAAAGAACAGAUGAAUGUGAAGAUUACUUUGUCUUUGUAUCUGCAGCUUCAAGGUACAAGCUAAAAAUAUCCUUGACAAUGAGCUUUAAUUAGAAACACACUUAGGAGCUCACACAAUACAAAGAAUGAGAUUUUUUUCUUUUUUCCAUUGUCUUUUGUCUUCUGCCUUCUUGCUUCUUUGUUUCUUUGUUUCUUUUUUCUUUCUAUUUUCUAUUUUCUUUUUUCCUUCCUCUUUCUUCUUUUUCUUUUUUUUUUUUAAGUUUCACUGGUCCCAUUGGUGGGAACCAAUGUCUACAGUGGUUCCACUGGUUCCAAUUAAAGACUCAGGGGCCUCUUAUCAAUGUGUAUGAAUACCUGAUGGGAGGGAGUACAGAAGAUUGAGCCAGACCAUUCUCAGUGGUAUCCAGUGAAAGGAUGAGGCAGAGUGGGCAUAAAUUGAAGCACAGAUAUUCUUGGUUAGGAGAGAGGGUAACAUGAACAACAUGGUCCUUGCAGUCCGCCUGCCAGUGCAGAACGAGGCUCCCAGUGUGCUGGAGUACAACAUUAAAGAAGAAAAAUCAAUCAUGUACCUGGAAGGAUCUGUCCUUGUAUUUGAGGAUAUCUUCAAACUGGUUGCCUUCUACUGUGUCAGUAGGGAUUUGCUGCCCUUCACCCUGAAGCUGCCACAAGCAAUAUUAGAAGCCAGUAGCUUUCAAGACCUUGAAAUCAUCUCUAGUCUAGGGAUAGUGCACGUUGGAUCCAUGCUGUACAUCUCAGUCUUAUACCUUCCCACAGUCAGCAAGAGGGAGACAGAACUCACCUGGGGUCUUCACAACCUCACCUCAGAUUUCUGGGAUUCCUCCUUAAACCACAGAAGAAGAGGAGAGGAGUUAUCCCACCCUGCAAAAGACUCUGCUUUCAGCACUGUCCAGGCAGACAGUUUAAGAUCUACCCAGUGUUUUGCAAGUAGCACAAACCACUGCUCAUGUGAAAUUGAGCUGUCAAUAGGAAAUGACAGGCUGUGGUUCGUGAAUCCUAUUUUUAUAGAAGAGUGCAGUAAUACUUUUCCUCCAGAUGUACCUCCUCCUAAAAGCCAUGCUGUGAGUCCUGAUCUCCCCCCUGCCACAACACUCGCUGAAAGGAGGUCUCCCCGCCGCCCCCCUCCACCUCCACCUUCUCAUGCUCUCAUUCAGAAAUCUUCUCUGAAGCUCCUGUGGGAUCCCAUGACUGCCUGUGAAAACGAGCCGCUUCUUCAGCCACUAGGAAAGAGCAUCAAGGAAAUGAAAAUUGAGGGUGGUGACAAUAAAGAAGAAGGGAAGCAGAGCUGCUCUGUCAAUGAGCCCUCAGCAGUGAGCCCCAAGAAGGGCUCCCAGCCCUCUGUCCCGCCGCGGAGGCGGCUGUGCGAGAGGACCUCGGAGGAGAGCUCUGUGGGUAAGCCUGGAAGUUGUGAAACCCUGAAAGGGGAACGGACAGAAGAAAAACAAGACAUAAGUACAGAGAGCAGAGAUAAAAGGUCGCUGUGCAAAAAGGCCGUAGAAAUGCCUGGGGAGGUUCCCGAAAGUGCUGUAUCACAGUUUCAGGAGACAAAGCCCGAACCUGCAGAGAAGAAGGAGGACAUGCCUGAGAUACAAAGCAAUGCCACUGAGAAAGAAAAGUCACCUCCUAUCCCACCACCGAGAAGGAAGAGGCUUUCCCAGGUACCGACGAUCCCCAGCUCCUGUCAGUUGAAGCAAACAGUGGCAGAGACGGCCAUGGCCACGGCGCAGGCUUUGUGCAAGAGCAGCUCAGCUACAGUGGCAGGUGGUGCCACUUGCACACGCACCAAGACCGAACAAAGACAUGGACGCAAAUCCAUCAGCUCAGCUGAACUGAAAGGUUCGCACUCCUCCCUGGAGGGCCCGGGAGGCAGCACCAUGGCUCAGGCGUCGGUGUCCGAGCCAGACUCCUACUCCACCAGCAGCACAGAGGAUGACCUGGAGAUGCUGAGUAGUUCCUCCAGUAAAAAGACACGCUCCGUGAUCUUGGGCAAGGCCAAGAACAGGCUGUCCUUUGUGAGUCUGUCCAAUGUCUUCACAGUCUUUUUGUCUAGUGACAGGAAGCUGCAGAAGAAAAUAGUGGAGCUGGCACAGGACAAGGAUUCGUACUUUGGCAACCUGGUGCAGGACUACAGAGUGUACAGUUUAGAGAUGAUGGCAAAGCAGAGCUCCAGCACAGAGAUGCUACAAGAAAUCCGGAUGAUGAUGACGCAGCUGAAGAGUUACUUAGUGCAGAGCACUGAGCUGAAAUCUCUGAUAGACCCAGCCUCCUACACCGAGGAACAGUUAGAAUUGAUUGCUGAGACGGCUUUGUACAAAUGUGUCCUGAAACCUUUAAAAGAAGCCAUUGAUUCUUACUUAAAAGAAAUCCACAACAAAGACGGAUCUUUACAGCAGCUAAAAGAGAACCAACUUGUGAUACAAAACACAACUACCACUGACCUAGGUGUCACGACCAGUGUGCCUGAAACUGUUGUGCUGGAAAAGAUCCUUCACAAGUUUACAACCAUGCACAAGGCCUACUCCCCAGAAAAGAAGAUUGCCAUCUUGCUAAAGUCCUGCAAACUAAUCUAUGACUCCAUGUCUCAGGGAAACCCAGGGAAACCAUACGGUGCAGAUGACUUCCUCCCUGUGCUCAUGUAUGUGUUGGCCCGCAGCAACUUGACUGAAGUCCUUCUCAAUGUGGAAUAUAUGAUGGAGCUCAUGGACCCUGCUCUGCAGCUAGGGGAAGGCUCUUAUUAUUUAACCACCACCUAUGGGGCCCUGGAGCACAUCAAGAACUACGACAAAAUCACCGUCACGCGGCAGCUGAGCAUGGAGGUGCAGGACUCCAUUCACCGCUGGGAGCGACGGAGGACGCUGAACAAGGCCCGGGCUUCCCGUUCAUCAGUGCAGGAUUUCAUCUCUAUCUCCUUUCUGGAAAUUGGUGCUCAGUCAAGGACACUUGCUUCCCAGAACAGCACCACGGCUGAGCAGCUGAGCCAGCAGUGUGCUGAAAAGUUUGAAGUCUCCCAUCCCAAGGACUAUGGACUCUUUGUUUAUGUUGAUGACCAGUGGCUGCAGCUGGACAAAGAUGCCCUUCCUCACCAUAUCAAAGGCUCCCUGCUGAAGAGUGAAACUAAGAAAGAUUUCCAUUUUAUUUAUAAACCAAUAGACCAUAAAACCCCACCAGUUCCAAUUGUCAAAGAGUCAGACUUUCUCUAAGGGCCGUGCUGCUCUUCUGUUGUGUUUGGUGUCAUCCUGGAAGGGCUGGAUAGUUUAUCUCAUGAGAUCCUCUGGUAUCUGCAGACCACAGAAGGUCUCUGAAGCAUGGCCUUCAGCACGGGGCAGAUGUGCUAAUUGUAGAUGCUGUCUGAAUACAGGGCAUUUCUCAGCAGAGUUCAUUUGCAGAAAUAAAAGGAGCAUUCAGGAGAACAUUCAUCCUCUGGAACACUUGAAGUAUCAAACCUCAGAACCUCCCACUGGCAACCAGCUGAUGUCGCAGAAUGUAAAUGGACAGUGGAGAAAAUCCAGAGAUCUUGUGGAAAAGUGGACAUUUACUCCAUAAUAAAUUAUGGCACACCUCUGUGCACAAGGCCUGUGAAAGGUCUGCACAAACCUCAAUCUGUUUGGAGGUAAGAUUGUGUUUAUGCCUUACAGUAUCUGUUCACCCAGUUUGAAUAAACUGAGUCUUGUCUGAUGUAUUCAGUGGAACAGGGUUGCCACCUCUAGCAGAACUCCCUCUCUGUCUUGCUGUCUACAACACAUCAUUGCCUUUGAAAUCCACAUAAUUACAGACCAUGCAAGAUGAUCCUGUACAUUCAUUAAGAAUAGAUUUUCUGCCAUCUAUUUGUCACUGAAAUCAGGUAGCAUAGGCAUUUUCAUCAAUGUAUUUUUCUUAAAGAUUGAAAGUCUUCACCAUCAGUUUUACAUGUACAGCAGUUUUAAUCACAUUGGUUGUAUGAUAGUGUCUGGUUAACUGUAUAUUUAUUUCUGUGUGUGAUAUGGUGCAUUUAUUUUAAAAUAAGCAUUUGUAAAGAACUUAAUAAUUUGCCCAUCGUAGCAAACCAGAUUAAAAUUUGAAAGGCAAAAGGA